UCGGUUUCAUUCGUAAUGUUAAAAGUGAGCAAUCCACCCAGACCCCCGCAAAGCGCACCGGUAAAUGUUGUGAUCGUAAUCAGAACAUCGAACCAAGCGAAAAAUAUGGAAGGUAAAUCUUCUCAUGUUGUAGACUCAGAUUUCCAAUCUUCUUCUACGAACUUAUGGCCGAUGAAACAGGCCUAUUUCCCAGACGCAAUAGUUGACGAUGAAGACGACGAUGAGGAAUCAAGAAAGCUUGCCUGGCUUAAAAGUUGGUGGUUCAAGCGGCUUACACAAGUAUGUUCAGUGGUCAGUGUGAUUUCGAUGUCGUUGAAUAGUCCAGCCACGUUCGAAAGAUUUCCAGCCCUAUUUUUUGUCACUUUAACACUAGACAUUGCAGUGGCCAUUGUAUUAACAAUUGAAAUGAUCGCUCAGAUUCAUAAAUUUAGUUUUAUUGUUGAAAUCCGUGCUUAUUUGAAACGCCGAAAUUGCAUCUUUAAUUUUAUUAUGGUCAUUCUUAUCUGGGUGUCAAUUAUCCUCCAAUUUGUUGAACUUAAAGGCAUCAAACCGAAGCCAUACAUUAUUUUUUCGAUUCCUAGGGCACCAAGGGCUCUUAUAAUGCUUCGUGUCUUCAAAGUAUUUGUAAACUUUCGUCUUAGCGACGAAGUAUCACGCCGAUCGAGAAGACAGAUCUGGUCUGUGACAAUCUUCUUCACGUACUUUAUGACCCUUGCAUCAAUUAUUGGCAUUCAAAUGUUUGGGGCUAAAAAUCACUAUUGCGUUCGAAAUUCUACGGAUUUAAAUAAUGUAACCUAUUCAGACCUCCUUUUGCCAGAGGCUAGAUGUAGUAUGUCGAACGAAAAGGGUUAUUUUUGUCCAAGCAAUUACAGCUGUGAGUCGAUAAAUUUGAAUGCAUUCAUGGCUGACCGACAGUACUUCGAUCAUUUUAUCUAUAGUAUCUUGACAGUAUAUUUCAGUUCAACUCAGGAAGGUUGGGUUCUCGUCAUGUACCAGAUGAUGAAUGUACGUUCAAGACUAUUAGUGGUUAUUUAUUUUAUACUCUUAAUAUUCUUUAUAGCCUGGCUCGUUAAAAAUGUAUUUAUUGCCGUCGUUUCUGAAACAUUUGCUGAUCUUCGUAGCCAGUACACUAUAAGUCGAAGGCAAACCCGCAGACGUCGUUACACUGGUCUGUCGUCGCUUGUCAUUAAGGAUCACGGCACUGGUUGGCAUCUCGUUUCUGUGGAUCAUGAAGCAAGUAAAGGACAUGCUCCUCUGCCUGUAAGACGAGUAAUGAGUUCAGUUUUCGUAAAGGUUUUUAUUAUUCUCUGUGUGCUUGUAGAUGCCCUGAUUCAGGCUUAUAAUGCGUGGUGGAGAUAUCUUGCGCAGUUUAUGUUUACGAUUUUGUUUGACAUUGAAGCGCUCCUCAAAAUAUGGUGUUCAGGCUUCCGUCCAUACUUGAAUAACUCACGCAUGCAGUUCAUCGAGUUUGUCAUAGCAGUUGGUAGUACAAUAUUUGCAAUCCCAGUCGUAAUGGGAUACGAUGGCUUCUCCGUGUUCCAUGUGAUGCGCGUGGUCCGCUUGAUUGGUGCUGUGCCUGGUCUUCAAGCCUUCUGUCUCAAGAUUUUUGGCACUGGUAAAAAGCUUGGUAGUAUAAUACUCUUGACUUUCUUCUUUGUAAUGCUCCUGUCCGCAAUGAGCAUGCAAUUGUUUUCAACCCUGAAGGAUGGAAAUGAUUACUUAUUUGGCACAUACCUGCAGUCCUUACAAUCCAUGUUCCAGAUUUUAACCCAGGAAGGUUGGGUAGAAGUCAUGGAGAAGUCAAUGAAGAGCGCUGAGAAAUAUGGAGCCUUGUUUGUUGCUCUGUUCCUCCUUGCCUACCACCUAUUUUCGUCCCUUAUCAUCAUGAGCGUGUUUGUGGCCGUUAUUGUGGAUAACCUCGAGGUUGACGAGGACGUGAAGAUCAUGAAACAGCGUAAAAUGGGCGAAGAAACAAAUUACACCCAGGAGAAACUGCCUCUGAGGAUUCGCAUCUACGAGCGCUUCAAGGACGAUCCUAGGUUGGUCAAAAUGAGUCGUCUGAAAUUUGCCUCAGAAUUCCCCACCCCCAAGAUCCGAGAGAGCUUCAUGCGUCGAUUCGUCAACACAGAAUCUGUAAAUGAUUUGCCUUUGGAAUUAUCUAGUGAAGGUGGCGAAGGAAGCACUGCUUCUCAAAUGAUCGUAUCUCGCAGACCUGGCCUACACUUACCCGUCGAACUUUUAAAUUCCUCAGUCCCGGAAGUGAAUCGAUCGACCAAGAUUUUCCGCAAGCAGUCGACGGUCUCGGCCUUGAUCAACGAUUCAAAUCAUCGCAGAACGCUAGCACAACUGUCACCCACUGAUAUUACCCCGUAUGGUAAAAAGAACACUGGAUUUCGUUCAGCGUCGCGAAGGUUUCGCGCUGGAGGUGGCCGUGGUGGUAGGGCAGCGGUAACCGAAGCAGACGUAAAGCGCGCCAUCGAGAUGACUUCCCAAGGGGGCAAGAAACUUCACUCACAACUGAGCCAGGAAGACAGCCAUCGAGGUAAAAACUGGGACAUCCAAACUGUGAGAGAAAAGCGAGAACAAGCUGAAAGCAGAAGGCGAUUACAAGAAGAAACUCUCCGUGAAAACCAUCCAUUUUUUGACCAGCCACUUUUCGCUCUCCCUCGUGACUCGUGGUUUCGCAACUUCCUCCAGAGCAUUGUCCACGCUAGAUACAUCGUUCCCCCAGGUUACCGUAACCGUAGCAGUAUGAUCUCCAUGGAAACCAUCCAAAAGAGUCUAGCAUCGCAGACCUACCUGGAAUGGGUCAUGGUAUUCAUCACAUUAGCCUCUUGUCUUUCAAUGAUGGUAGAGACUCAGGAAAUGAGCACUUUCGAAAAUGCCUGGACAAGUACUUUUGAGCACUUCUUCGUGGUAGCCAUGAGCCUUGAGUUGGGUAUACGAAUCCUGGCAGAUGGACUUAUCUUCACACCCAAUGCUGUCAUACAAAAUUUUGGUGGGGUUCUAGACGUGUUUAUUUACUUGCAAGGACUCGUCUACGUUUGCUUGCAGCCAAAACAGGUUCGUGCCGGAUCUGCUGCCCAGAUGUUGAUGAUCUUUCGCUGCUUGCGCCCACUUCGUAUUAUAACUUUGAUGCCUAAAAUGAAGAAAGUAAUCAUGGAACUUGUCGGAGGGUACAAAGAAAUUCUUAAAGUCUCAGCUUUACAGCUCAUUCUUAUGUUCAGUUUUGCUAUUUAUGGAGUGCAGGUGUUCUCAGGAAAGCUAGGUCGGUGUAAUGAUAUCGAUAUAACAACCAAAGACAAUUGCACUGGGCUCUUCAAUAUAAAACUUGCUUCGCCAAGAGAGCUCACUAUCUUGGCUGGGGAUAUUCCUGAGAUGAAGGUACCUCGGGUGUGGAAAAACCCAAGAAACUUUGACUUUGAUAACGUUAUAAAUGCCUUUCUUGCACUGGUCGAAGUACUGUCACUGGAAGGUUGGUUAGAAGUGCGAGAUGUGGUUGACAGCGCGGUGGGACCACAGUACGGAAUUUAUGUCCACGUAUACGUGCUAUUUGGAAGCAUGAUUGGCCUUACUCUCUUCGUCGGUGUUGUGGUAACGAACUUCAACGAACACAAGGGAAUUGCUUUGCUUACAGUUGAUCAAAGGCGAUGGCAAGACUUGAAGAAGAGACUCAAGUUGGCCCAGCCUCUGCACCUGCCUCCUCGCCCAGAUGAUCCAGGUAUACGGAAAACCUUAUACGACAUUAUUCAAUCCAUCUUAUAUCGUCGUAUAGUGGCUGUAAUAGUUCUCCUGGAAUGUACGACUCUUGCUGUUGGACAGUGGACCACAGUCGAGGCUGCGACACGUGAUGGAGUGACGAGUCUAGCUGCAGGAUGCACCUUGUUCUUUGUCAUUGAUGCCAUCUUGAAGAUUAUUUCAUACACUUUUGAAGGAUACUGGCGAAGCAUGAGGAAUCGAUUUGACAUGUUUCUGACAAGCCUCGGAAUCCUUUGGGUGAUUCUUAACUUCUCAUUGGACAGGAGCGAUGGUGCUUACACUAUGGCUUUGAUAUUUGGAGUGGUGAUCAUAGUAUUUAGAUUCCUAACAUUGUCUGGUAAACACAACACACUGAAGAUGUUGAUGUUAACUGUUGUGAUGAGUUUGGUCAAGAGCUUCUUUACUAUCGCUGUCUUGGUGAUCCUGAUGAUGUGCUACUCGCUUGCGGGGGUCAUCCUAUUUGGUUCCGUCAAGUACGGUGAAGCUAUCAAACGUUACGCCAACUUCCAGACCAGCUUUAAUGCCAUGAUACUUCUCUUCAGAAUCACGACUGGGGAAGACUGGAAUAAGGUGAUGCACGACUGCAUGGUCGAUGAGCCGUAUUGCACACCAGCAGAUCCUGGCGAGUGCUCGACAAACAACCCCCAUUGUUGGCGUACAGAUUGUGGCAACUCUGCAGCAUCUGUGACAUAUUUUUUGUCAUUCUACGUGCUUGUUACAUUUGUUCUACUAAACGUCUUCGUAGCCGUCAUCAUCGAGAACUUUUCUUUGUUCUACGCGAGCGAUGAAGAUUCUAUUCUCAGUAACACAGAUUUACGGGACUUUCAAAUGGCGUGGAAUCUCGUGGACAAAGGUCGCAGAGGAGUCAUGUCAGUACCUCAAGCUCGAUUAUUUUUACGGGUCUACAUCUUCUUCAAACAGAAUAACAUCCUUAAAGGUCGCUUAGGCGUCGACGAAAGGUCAGUGACGUUUAGGCACAUGUGCUGUGAGAUUGAGAAGCUUCGUAAUGGAGGGGAUGUUUCCUUCCAUGAUGUCCUGGGCGUGAUUGCCUACAGAACAGUAGAUAUUUCUCGUUGCUUACAGCUAGAGGAACUCUUAGAACGUGAGGAGCUGGAGUACACUAUUGAUCAAGAAGUUGCCAUUCAAACCAUACGCGAUUGGUUCAUCAAGCUUCGAAUGAAGCGGGAAAGAGAGCGACAACAAAAGGAGGCUCGUGCAAGCCCCUUGGUGUCUAGCAAUGAGAGCAUCAACAACGCGGGACUAAAUGACGAGUCUGAUCGUGAACGCGAGCAACGUGAACGUGAACAACGGGAUCGAUUCAGCAGCGGUGAAGAAGAAGAAAAAGAAGCAGAAAAAAUCCCAGUGAGUAGAACACUGUCUUCACAGUCAGCAGGAUUUUUGGCCCCUCCUUCUACUCCUCCACGCCAGAGAAAAUUCUCUGGUCCAGAUAGAGUUCUUUCACAGCGGAAAACGUCUACUGUGACAUUCCCAACGGAAAUAGUGGAGCCACCGCCGGCUCCUCCAGUGGUGAGAUCAAGACACAAGCAACCUCCUGUUGAACACAAGGAAAGCGGUGAAGUCAAGGACUGGUGGACAGCACAGAUGAAAGACGAUUCAGAAUUUCCAGCUCCUUAGAUUGAGAAUCCUUCAAGACACGGAAAGCGCCAUAUUUCGCUACGUCCACGACAAAAACACAGGCUUUGUUUACUGCAAGACUGGAAGCCGUCUACCCUCAAGAAAUUAACCAAUCGGGUUCAUCGCGCAAAAUACCUCCAAGCUAAAAAUAGCAUCAAACUUUGCACAUGAUGGUUACAAGGCUAUAUAGGUAGGAUUCCUUCUCUUAGUUCAUAUUCUCUUGAUGUAGGUUAAAGCCGGAUCAUCUUUAAUUUUCAAGAACUGUCCAAUUAAGAAAUUAAAUUGGACAGUUACCUAUUCUUCGAUUGGACGUUGCGUCAUCGCGGCCAUGUUGGCGCCAUUUAACAAAAGAUUUCUUAUUAGCAUUCAUUAUUAACGGCAACACAAUGGCCGUCAUGCUUUUGUCUUUUAACUCUCUUGGGAAUGCUUGCAACCCAUCAAUAUGGGAUUAACAGGUAGCUAUAUAAUUAGGCCCUUUUGAGAUGAAGUCAGGAUGAACCUACCUUCCAUGGCUAGUUAUUUUCAUUGUGAAUUGGGGAAGAAAAAACUACUUGUCCCUAGUUUUAAGGUUAAUAUCUUACUUUCAUGUGAACAGGCCCUAAUGCAAUUUACUGUACAAUCUUUAUCAAAAAGGAGAAUUUUAACGGUAUUUUAUUAAAUAAGUUAACUUCAAAGGAAUCAUUAUUUGAAGCAAAACACUACUUACUUGCAGUGCAAAUAAGCCUUUGCAAAUAUAAAAGAUAUAGUCUUUGAAUAUUACAGAAUUAGUUAUGAAGUCAAAAUAUUUAUUGUGAUUUCAUCGUUUAGGAUCAUUAUAUUACGGAAAACAAAAGGAAAGUUGGAUAUUAAGAUUUUUUGAGAGUGGUUGCUUUACUGACAGACCGCGCGCACGUCUACAUUUAUGGCGGGAAAAUUGGGUAAUCACGAAAAAAUGUGUACAAGUAGUUGAAAUUAAUUAGUAGAAGAAUUAAUAAAUGGAAUUGUAAACAUUACAAUAAUGCAAUA